AGAAGCCAAUCAGCGUCCCCGCGGUUCCCGGUUAUAACGUCUCCACCGACCCGCCGCCCUCAGUUUCUGCCCAGACCGCGAGGAUGCUGGGCAUGGCGCCGCGAACCCUCCUCCUGCUGCUCUCGGGGGCCCUGGCCCUGACCGAGACCUGGGCGCGCUCCCACUCCCUGAGGUAUUUCUACACCGGGGUGUCCCGGCCCGGCCAAGGGGAGCCCCGCUUCAUCACCGUCGGCUACGUGGACGACACGCAGUUCGUGCGGUUCGACAGCGACGCCCCGAAUCCGAGGAUGGAGCCGCGGGCGCCGUGGGUGGAGCAGUUGGGGCCGGAGUACUGGGAUCGGGAGACGCGGACCUGCAAGAACAACGCACAGGUUUUCCGAGUGGACCUGAACACCCUGCGCGGCUACUACAACCAGAGCGAGGCCGGGUCUCACACCAUCCAGACGAUGUACGGCUGCGACGUGGGGCCGGACGGUCGCCUCCUCCGCGGGUACCUACAGGACGCCUACGACGGCGCCGAUUACAUCGCGCUGAACGAGGGCCUUAGCUCCUGGACCGCGGCCAACGCGGCGGCUCAGAUCACCAAGCGCAAGUGGGAGGCGGCGGGUGAGGCAGAGCAAGUCAGGAACUACCUGGAGGGCACCUGCGUGGAGGGGCUCCUCAGAUACCUGGAGACCGGCAAGGACACGCUGCAGCGCGCAGACCCUCCAAAGACACACGUGACCCAUCACCCCAUCUCUGACCGUGAGGUCACCCUGAGGUGCUGGGCCCUGGGCUUCUACCCUGAGGAGAUCUCACUGACCUGGCAGCGUGAUGGAGAGGAUCAGACCCAGGACAUGGAGCUUGUGGAGACCAGGCCUUCAGGGGACAGAACCUUCCAGAAGUGGGCGGCCCUGGUGGUGCCUUCUGGAGAGGAGCAGAGAUACAUGUGCCGUGUGCAGCACGAGGGGCUUCAGGAGCCCCUCACCCUGAGAUGGGAACCUCCUCAGCCCACCGUCCCCAUCAUGGGCCUCAUUGUUGGCCUGGCUCUCUUGGUGGUCACUGGAGCCGUGGUGGCUGGAGCUGUGAUCUGGAGGAAGAAGCACUCAGGUAAAAAAGGAGGGAGCUACGCUCAGGCUGCAAGCAGUGACAGUGCCCAGGGCUCUUAUGUGUCUCUCACGGAUCCUAAAGUGUGAGACAGCAGCCUCGUGGGGACUGAGUGAUGCACGGUCCCACUUUGUGGCUUCGGAGCCCUUGACUCUUCUUUCUGCAGCUGCAUCUGAAUGUGUCUGUGAUCCUCAUAGCAUAAUGUGAGGAGGUGGGGAGACUGGCCCACCCCUGCCCACCACGACCCCUCCCCACCCUGACCUGUGUUCUCUUCCCUGAUCCACUUGCUUGUUCCAGCAGAGGCAGGCCUAGGCCACCUCCAUCCUUGUCUUAACUUCGUGUUGCACUGAGUAAUAAUGUCUGACUUGCGUGUUGGAAAUAAAAUCUAUAUAUGAA